AUGGAUCCCCACGGGUCACCCAGUCUCCACAAGUCGUCUUACACACAGUCGAUAUUUAAUUCGAUCAAUAUUCUGAUUGGUAUCGGUAUUCUUGCACUUCCCCUUGGUUUCAAGUGUGCAGGUUGGGGUAUUGGUAUCAUGGUCUUUGCUUUCUGUUGUGGGCUCACCAACUACACUGCCAAACUGCUCGCCAAGUGCCUGGAUGCUGACCCUGAUUCACACACUUACGGUGACAUGGGCGCCGCUGCAUUUGGCAUUCGGGGCAGAAUCGGAGUCACGAUGCUCUUUAUCACUGAGCUGAUAACAAGCAGUGUGGCUCUUGUGGUUCUGCUUGGUGAUGGACUCGAUUCCCUAUUCCCGGGCUACACCACCCUCGAGAUCCGUAUUUUUUCCUUCUUCCUUCUCACACCCAUGCUCUUUUUACCCGUUCGUCACCUUUCCUACACAAGUCUUCUUGGUAUCAUCAGUGCGUUCAGUAUCAUUCUUGUCAUCAUUGUCGAUGGUCUCUCAAAGCGAGACGCACCCGGAAGUUUACAUGAAUCAGCAGACACCGAGGUCUGGCCGUCUGAUUGGAUGACAGUACCCCUGAGUUUUGGCCUCAUCAUGGCAGGGUUCGCAGGCCAUGCUGUGUUUCCCACAGUCUACCGUGAUAUGGACAACCCAAAGAAAUAUACCACCAUGGUCAAUUGGACCUACGUAGCCACAACAAUUGUCUACUUUGGUGUUGCUGCCUGUGGAUACAGAAUGUUUGGCUCCCAGACGAUGCAAGAAAUCACCCAAAAUAUUAUGGCCGUACCAGAGUACAACCAGACCCUCAACCGCCUUGCUGUGUGGCUGAUUGCAAUGAACCCUAUUGCAAAGUACGGCCUUACCUUAAACCCGGUCAACCUGAGCUGGCAGAUCUUCCUCUUCCGAAACUCUCCUGUCGAGGGAUGGUGUGCCAGGGGAGCUUGGCGUGAGCCGAUCAUAACCUUCUUAGGCAAGAUUCUUGUCAGCAUGUUUAUCAUUCUUCUGGCCUUCAUUAUCCCUGGUUUUGACAAGGUGAUGUCUCUCCUUGGUGCCUUUUUCUCUUUCAUGAUCAGCGGCAUCUUCCCGCUAAUCUGUCACCUAAAACUCUUCGGAGCCUCCAUUUCUCCCGCUGAAAGAUCGCUCAACUAUAUCCUGAUCGCCAUUGCAUCUUCCAUGGCUCUCAGUGGUACUCUCUGGAGUUUCCUUUAG